CACGCUCACAUUUUUUGCACGUUGACUGUGUCUUUGAGCGUGCAAGUAGCAUCCGACAGCAGGUGGUUGGUCGUGGCUAAUAUCGUUACCCUCCGGUGCCCAACGCUCCGUGAAACAUGGCGGAUCAUGUGGCUGCAAUAUGCGAGCAGCUCAUCAAAGCUGUGAAUGUGACCAUGGACGUAGAAUCCAGCCAAAUUUACCGCCUGGAGGCCCUCAAGUUUUUUGAGGAGUUUAAAGAGAAAAGUGCCUUGUGUGUCCCCUGUGGCUUACGAUUAGCAGACAAAGCCCAUCCAGCUGUCAUCAGGCACUUUGGGCUGCAGAUUUUGGAGCAUGUCAUCAAGUUCCGAUGGAACGAUAUGCAACAACAAGAAAAAGUCCAAGUAAAAGACUGCACCAUGCAGCUGCUAUUAAAUGGUACGCAUUCCAUCUUGGAGGAGGAAAGCUACAUUAAAGAUGUCCUGUCCCGCGUGGUCGUGGAAAUGAUCAAGAGAGAAUGGCCACAGAAUUGGCCCAACAUGCUCGAAGAGAUGGAAAGCUUGUCUGGCCAAGGGGAGGCGCAGACGGAGUUGGUGAUGCUGAUCCUGCUGAGGCUGGCGGAGGACGUGAUCACCUUCCAGACCCUUCCGCAGCAGCGGCGACGAGACAUCCAGCAGACGCUCUCGCAGAACAUGGAGAGCAUCUUCAGCUUCCUGAUGGCCAUUCUCCAUCUUAAUAUUGAAGACUACCGAAAACUGAAAGGGUCACCAGAACAUGAACUAAAGGCCAGAGCUUACUGCAGAGUUGCCGUGGCGACCCUGAACACGCUGGCCGGCUACAUCGACUGGGUAUCUCUGGUGUACAUCACCUCGGGAAACUGCCGUCUCCUGGAGAGCUUAUGUCUGCUGCUGAGUGAACCAGAGCUGCAGUUGGAGGCGGCGGAGUGCCUCCUCAUCGCCAUCAGCCGCAAGGGCAGGCUCGAAGAAAGGAAGCCUUUCAUGCUGCUGUUUGAUGACGUGGCCAUCAAUUACAUUCUCUCUGCAGCCCAGUCGGCAGACGGGCCCACGUCCUCAGAAGGACAAACGGUCGAGGUGGUGGAGCGGCGCUACGUCUUCCUGAAGAGGUUGUGUCAAGUGCUGUGUGCUCUUGGAAGUCAGCUGAUCUCUCUGGUGGGUUCUGAUGUCAAAGUGGAGGUUCCUGCAAAUCUCAGCAAGUACUUUGAAGCUUUGCUGGCUUUCACCACACAUUCCAGCCUGUUUCUGAAGUUGUCCACGCUGCCCACUUGGGCGUCCGUCUUCAGACAUGAGAGCCUCCCCCAGGAGCCCGUCGUCUUAGACGUGGCUGUCAAAUACCUCAGAACGGCGACCACCAACCUCGUCAAGAAGGGCUUCCCAUCCAGGAACGAUCACCCGAGCUGUCAGUAUUCCCGGGUGGACUUUGACAGCGAUGAGGAUUUCAACUCGGUCUUUAACUCCUUCCGGGCGCAGCUGGGGGAGGGCGUGAGGUGCGCGUGUCGACUCGUCCCCUCGCAGGCUUUCCAGAUGGCUGCCCUGUGGUUGCAAUUCCAGCUGGACAGCGACAGUACUGCAUCUAAGACCAAUGAGGGCCCAUGCUCCCUCCACUCACCUCCUGUGCUGGAGUGGGAUGCUGAGAGCGUCUUCAUGGAGUGUGUGGUUUCCCAGCUCCUGAAGAGCCUCGAGGAGGAGAAGUUCCCCGUGGAUCAGAGCAUGGAGCUGCUGCAGGCUGUGCUCAAGUACAACACCAAAGAUCCUCUCAUCAUGUCCUGCGUGCUCACCAACGUGUCGGCGCUCUUCCCGUUCGUCAAACACAGACUGCAAGUGCUGCCUCAAGUCCUUUGCAAGCUGUUUGAAACUGUUACAUUUGAGCCUCAGGAAAAUAAGGGGCCACGCACCCGCGCCGUGAAUAACGUGAGGAGGCACGCCUGUUCUUCCAUCAUCAAAAUAUGCAGGGAUUACUCGCAGUUCAUUUUGCCUUGUUUUGACAUGUUUUACAACCACGUCAAGGAGAUGUUCUCCAGCGACACGGCUCUGACUCACAUGGAGAAAAGCGCACUGAUGGAGUCUCUUGUGCUCAUAAGUAACGAGCUGAAGGACUUUGACAAGCAGAAGGCUUUCAUAGAUGAACUGUUGGCCUCCGUGAUGGCCGACUGGACCUCAGACGUGAUGAAGCAGGUGCUUAGCAACCCUGCGGCUUUCCUGUCCUUUGUGGGAGCCGAUCAGGUGGUCGGCGAGCAGCGCAAAGACUCAGACACAGCUGGCCUCAACAGGGGGCGGCUUGGCUUCUGCUUGAACGCCAUGCUGGGUGCGGCCAAGCGGGCGCGCUGGCCUGCCGAUCUUGAUGCCGCCAAAGCCGGAGGCUUCAUGGUAGGUUACACGCCAUCAGGAGCCCCCAUUUAUAGAAACCCCUGCGCCGCACAGUUUUUGGCUUUUCUGCCUAAUCUACUAGCUCUUAUCAGAACUCAAAACAGUUUGUUUACACCGGAGAACAGAGCUCGUCUCAGCGAGACCUACACCAGAGCGCACGACGUGAUGGACGGAGACAGAAAUCUGGUUCUUGGUCUGGCUCAUCCUCUUGUGGACGCUUACGAUACUCCUACUUUUAAAACAAACCUGGAGCGCAUGCAAGGAUUUUUCAGCCAGCAGUAUGACGCCUGCUUCCACCUCCUGGGGAAUGCAGGGCUUUCCUUACAGCAGGAAUUCUUCAACAUCGACAAGCUGGCUGAAGAAAUAUCCGCCUCUGCUUUCUUCUCCCUCGACCACGUGCCGGAUCACAGACUUCGCCCCAUUAUUCGCUUAUUUCUAAGGCAGAUGGUCCUGUCGUGUCCGGUGGAAUAUCACGAAAGUCUCCUUUGCCCGCUGCUCGGCCCUCUGUUCAACUACAUCCUUCAGCGUUUAAACACAAAGUGGCAGAUGGUAAACCAAAGGGCUGCCGUCAACGGGGAGGAAAACGAGGAGGAGGAGGAAGAGGUGGUGUCUCAGGAGAGUCAGGUGACUCAGGAGAUGCUGGAGGAGCAACUGGUACGCCUGCUCACCAGGGAGGUGCUGGACUUUAUCACUGUAAGCUGUAUUUCACGAAAACUACCCGAACCUGCUGCAAACAAGGAAGAAAUAGACGAGGAGGACGCCAUGAUGGAUGCACCGCAAGCGUCCUCCACUGCCCCGCCCACAGAGGAGCUCACCCAGCUGGGGAAAAGCCUUAUGAAGGAUGAGAACAUCUACAUGACCAUGUUGUCCUUUUCCUUCACGUCGCUAUCAUGGAAAGACGCCACAUACUGUCACCGCACGGCGUCCAUCAUCUGCUGGACACUCCUGCGUCAGGUGAUCGGAAGUCAUCUUCUUCCAGAGGCGGUCACUUGGUUCUACGUCAGUGUUCUCAAGGGCCUCCAGACUCACGGGCAGCACGAGGUCUGCAACUCCAGCCUCUCCCAGCUGGCCAUGCACAUCUACGACAACCUGCGUCCUCGUUACACGGAGCUGAGAUUGGUGAUGAACCAGGUCCCCGACAUCAACACGGAGGCCCUGGAGCUUUACGACCGCAGGCUGCUGGACCCCAACGCCCAGAAAGUUGGCGAAAAGAAGAGGAAAGACCAGUUCAGGAAGCUCAUCCGAGGAACUGUUGGGAAAGCUCUGUGCCAGCAGUUCAAGAAAGAAGUCCAUAUCCGGAAUCUUCCAUCGCUUUUCAAGAAAGUGAAAGCAGACAAGGAUGUGCUGAGCAGCGAGGAGUCGGCGGGGCUCACGGCGCUCUUUGACCCGGAGAAAAACUCUUUGUAAGCGGAGGGCAGCACCUCUUCAUCAUUGAAUGGGACUUAAAGAGGCGUGUCACUACCAACCAACCAACCUGACAUGACUGCUGAUCCUUUCCUUGUUCUUCAUACGAUCACACUGGAGACUCCCAAGGUCUCACAAGGUCAAGUCAAGAGCGCAAAUGUCUUAUUUUCACACUAAUCACUCAUUCAGCUCCUGAUUAUGUUUUGCAUCAAAAUCUUUGGUGAGGAAAUAUUCCCUCGAGCUAAAAUGGAGCAAUUAUUUCAGAAAUAGAUGAAGAACACUCACAUUUUUAAUAUGAAUUGAAUUUGACUGAGUGGACUCCACUCAAUCCGAUUCCUCGUAUUGGAUACCUCAGGUGGAAUUUUUCCCAUAAAGGAUAUUUAACAGAACGUGGCUUCACCACGUUGCUAAAGUGGAGAUAAGCUCAAAAGUUUUUAUAAUUAAUGCGAGUAAUGCAAAGUACUCAGUCAGGGCCAGGUGAGCUUACGUUCCCUGCGGAAAGCCCAACUACUUUUUUUUUUUUUAUCGUUUUAUGUUCCCAUGUGCCAAUGCGUCAUGGUCAGCAACAUGUGCCCUAAAAGGUGCAAUGGCGACAUUCCUACACGUUCCAAGCUAUUGUUUUUACUAUUAUCUAACUUUAACGUUUUUUCUCUCCGUAAUGUAGACGUAGCCCCCCACUUUCACUUCGUUGCAUGCAGCAGGCAGCUCCAAUACCGUACCAAAAAAAAACAAGGUCCCUCAGAUUCCUAGAACUCAAAUUAGUUUUCAAUGAAAUACCUUCCACUGUCUCUGUAAGGAUUGUCCAUUUUUUUCUUUCAAUAAAAAAAUGAACGUUGUUCAACACUAACAUUUUUUUAGUGUAGUGUGGUUGGUAUUUUGUUUUUAUAUUAAAAGGAAUAAUUUGUUAAAA